GUAGUCAUUUUACCCUCUCUCCUGACAGGGUUUGGAUUUAUUCUUGGAAAAAAAAAAAACGAGCCAGCUUGUACUAAAUGUGAAGUGGGAGGUUGGACGUUUUGGGAAUGCCCUUUUUUUUCUUGGACUGCUGACGCGUCCAGCGGUUACGUGCUAUGCUGAAGCACCGUGGACUCGUAUCCCCACCGCUUCCACCAUGUUAAUACAGUUUCUGGUUUUGGGGGCCUUGCUUUUCCAGGCGCAGUGUUACUUUUCGGAGGAAAGAUAUCCGGAGGAGUCGAAAAUGCAGCCUCCUACUGUGGUAAUCGCUAUCAUAGCCAGAAACAGUGCUCAUUCCCUGCCGUACUACCUCGGAGCUCUGGAGCGACUCAACUACCCCAAAGAUCGCAUCUCUGUGUGGGUCGCCACCGACCACAACUCGGACAACACAACGGCCAUACUGAAAGAGUGGCUUACUGUCAUGCAGAAAUUUUACCACUACAUCGAGUGGAGACCGAUGGACCAGCCAGCGUCCUAUGUGGGAGAGUUGGGUCCUAAGCAUUGGCCCAACAGCAGAUAUGAGUAUGUGAUGAAGCUAAAACAGGCGGCACUCAACUUUGCCAGGAAACGCUGGGCUGAUUACAUCCUGUAUGCUGACACGGACAACAUCCUCACCAACCCAGAUACUCUCAACCUGCUGAUAGCAGAGAACAAGUCUGUCAUCGCUCCCAUGCUGGACUCACAGGGCGCCUAUUCCAACUUCUGGUGUGGCAUCACUCCACAGGGAUAUUACCGUCGAACAGCAGAGUAUUUCCCCACCCGUCACCGACACAGACUGGGCUGCUUCCCCGUGCCCAUGGUCCACUCCACCGUGCUGCUGGAUUUAAGGAAGGAAGGCAUGAAGAACCUGGCAUUCUUCCCUCCUCACGAGGACUAUUCAUGGCCUUACGACGACAUCAUCGUGUUCGCCUUCUCCUGCCGGGCCACUGAGAUACAGAUGUACCUGUGUAACAAGGAGCGCUACGGCUACCUGAACGUCCCGGCCAAACCUCACCACACCUUGGAAGAUGAUCGCCUCAACUUUGUCCAUGUCCAUCUUGAGUCCAUGAUUUACGGUCCUCCAAUGCAGCCCUCACGCUACGUCCAUAUGUUUCCCAAACAGAGAGACCUCAUGGGCUUUGAUGAGAUAUAUCUGAUUAACCUGCGACGGCGUCCUGACCGUAGAGAGCGGAUGUUGUUCUCUCUGAAUGAGCUGGAGAUUGACGUUAAGGUGGUGGACGCUGUGGAUGGAAAUGCACUGAACAGCAGUGACAUUAAGAUCCUGGGUGUCGACCUCCUGCCAGGCUACUAUGACCCGUUCUCUGGACGCACUCUGACCAAAGGAGAGGUGGGCUGUUUCCUCAGCCACUUCUACAUCUGGAAGGAGAUAGUGGACAUGCAAAUGGAUAAGGCGCUGAUCUUUGAGGACGACGUUCGUUUCCAGGCCAACUUCAAACGUCGCCUCCUCAGACUGAUGGAGGAGGUGGAGCAGGUGGAGCUGGACUGGGACAUCAUAUACUUAGGCAGGAAGCAAGUGAAUCCCGGAAAGGAGGAACCUGUGGAAAAUGUUCGUAACUUAGUGAUGGCCGACUACUCGUAUUGGACUCUGUCCUACGCCAUCUCCCUGCAGGGAGCCCAGAAGCUGCUCAAUGCAGAGCCACUGUCCAAGAUGCUGCCUGUUGAUGAAUUCUUGCCCAUCAUGUAUGACAAACAUCCCAAUGAGGACUACAAGUCCCAUUUCCCCAACAGGAACUUACAAGCCUUCAGCACACACCCCCUUCUGGUCCAGCCUUGUCACUACGCUGGUGAGCCCCAGUGGGUGAGCGACACUGAGACGUCCACUCUGUGGGAUGAUGACUCUGUGCGCACCGAUUGGAGGGGUUCCCACAAGACCCUGAAAGGGUCUGCGCCGUCGCCCGACGUGCUGUCGGGUUCCUACAGGGAUGAACUUUAGCACGUAGCAGAAUUAGCCGUGGGGGAACCUGUAGGUCAAAAGACCAUGAGGUCAGAGAGACAGGCACCGAGAAAAGCAAGUGUUCUCAGACUUUAUGGAAAUUGGACUUCGGUUUUUGUUUUCAAAACAUGUUAGUGAGCGUAUGGCGCAAGAGGAUUUGUUUUUGGACAGACGGUAUAAGGGAUGAGGGUGUUAAUUGAGGCUAUUCGUAAAGCCUACAGUGGAUUAGCAAUUUAAAUGCUUGAACUUGCACGACAGAUUUUUCUCGAGAACAAUCCAUGCUUUUUUUUAGCUUCAGACAUUUUUAAGAUGGCAGUUUCUACAGUUUGUACGGCUGAUGUCUAGGCCAUUUUUGUUUGAAUGUAUGGCUGUGAAGGUGUGUGUGUGUGUGCUUGUGAUGACUCCAUGUUCAUAAUGCUAAUACGCAUCUUUUCAAAGGAAACCGAGGACUUUUACUCGUCAAUCUGUUGAGCGCCGACUUAGGCUCCAGUCGCUGCACUGUUCACAACUUCUGGCAAGACUGGACAAAGGCCUCAUGUUGUUAUUGCUAUUAUUUUCUUUUCUGCGUGUUGUUAUAUCUGUCUGUCUGUUUCUCCAUUUGUGCAUGUCUUCCAUCAGGUAUUUAGCACAAAGCUAGACUGACCCUAAUUCAUAUUUCCUUUGGCUUUAAAGCUGACGUACCUCAUGGUUUCUAGGGACAGUUUAAGACUUUCAUUGGUACCAGAUUGUAUUUUCUUAGUGAUUCUAACACUUUGAAUGUUUGCAUUUGAAUAACUUAAGCUUUUUCACAAUGUUUUUUUUUUCAUAUAAAAUCAUUAAUAGAUGAAAUAACAUAGACUCAUUAGACUACCUUUGACUCCAUGACUGUGUGUUAAUAUUUUUUUACAUUUAGCCACAAAAAUUGUAUUUAUACAAUAUUUAUUUAGGACUCCCAGUUGCCACCAGGUCAGCAUUUCCAGUUUGGCUUUUUAAUGUUUUUUUCAGAAAUAUCUGUGUUUUUAUUGACAUAAAAAUAAUAAAAUCUAGAUAAAACCUCAAAAUAUUUGAACUCCAGCUGAAGGCAUGUUCUACAUUCCUCUUGAGUAAUUACGCUUCCUAAAACCUUAAACAUGUUACUCAUGAUUUCAAUUUAAUCAUCUGUAAUCAGAAACAAAAUUUCUGUAUGUGAUUUCAGGCUGUUUGAACUGACAGCACAUACUGUAUUCUCGGUACUGUAAUACUGCCCAGACAUGCAACCAGUAAAUUUUGGGAGGGCUGAAAUAUUUGUAUAAAAUCACUCCAGCACCAUGAUGUGAACUCCACUCAUAAUUCAAAAAGGGUCAAUUUUGUCCAAAUGGUGUUAAGCAUUGGUCCAGUUUUUGCAGAGUGCUGCUGUCCUGUGAUGCAUCUAAUGUCAAACAACAUGUGUAGCAGAAGUCUGUAAAAGCCAUAUUCAAAACCCAGCCUUUAACAACCUUUCUGUAGCAUCACUGGGAUCCGUCUAAUGUGCUGACUGUCUGCACAUGGUUGCAAUGCAAGUAACUAAUGUUGUACUUCUGACGUCACUCGUGGGAUUAAAUUGCGAUGAUGGAGUUACACUAAACUUACAUUACAUUCGUCUGUCAUUGUGAACAUUUGUGAGCAGUUCAUGCAUUCGUUUCUUUCUGUUAUUGUGACUUUUCUUUCAUACGCCUUUAUUAAUUUAUUUGUUGAGUCUUUUUGAUGUGGUUGGCGGAUGAGUCACAUGACAUGAUGUAAAACAAGCAAUCAAAAUGCAGUGGCUUUUCGACCUAAAGCCUCUCUCCUUCUCUGUAUGUCUUUGAGCAAAAUAUCUGUAUUCAGAUGUUAUGAAACAGGAUGUUAGGACUGUAUAGCAAAUUUUUUAAACAUGAAUAAAUUUUUUUUAAAGUGA